GUCCUCCAUCAUUCCCAUCAAAAUUACAGCAGCCUCCUUCCUUUCAGCAGCAGCGAGCAGAAUUAUUUCUUCCAGCAACAGAAGCUUGAAGAAGAUCAGCAAGCAGUGAAGUGAUCGAUGGCUCGGCAAGGGAUGGUCAUGGCGUUGCUGGUGGUGGUCCUCGCUGCAGGGUGUUGGGAGUCGGCGAGCGCCGCGGCGAUGCUCUCGCAGCUGAAACCAACCCUCGCGGUCACCGCCUCCCCCACUCACAACCAAGUUCUUCACGGCGGCGAGGACGUGAUCACCGUGACAUGGUCCCUCAACGCGACGGCCGGCACGGACGCGGAAUACAAGAAGGUGAAGGUGAGCCUGUGCUACGCGCCGGUGAGCCAGAAGGGGCGGGAGUGGCGCAAGACUCAUGACGACCUCAAGAAAGACAAGACCUGCCAGUUCAAGGUCACCGAGCAGGCCUACGCCGCCACCGGCACGGUCGAGUACCGCGUCGCCCUCGACGUCCCCACCGCCACCUACUUCGUGCGCGCCUACGCUAUCGACGCCUCCGGCGCAAAGGUCGCCUACGGCCAGACCUUGCCCGGCGUCACCUUCGACGUCGUCAGCAUCACCGGCGUCACCACCUCCAUCAAGGUCGCCGCCGCCGUCUUCUCUACCUUCUCCGUUGCCUCGCUCGCCUUCUUCUUCUACAUUGAGAAACGCAAGAAGAACAACUAA